CUCUCUGCCUGGUGCUGGGCUGCAUGAUCUUCCCCGACGGCUGGGACGCGGAGACUAUCCGGGACAUGUGCGGGGAGAAGACGGGGAAGUAUUCCCUGGGCGACUGCUCCGUGCGCUGGGCUUACAUCCUGGCCAUCAUCGGCAUCCUCAACGCCCUCAUCCUCUCCUUCCUGGCCUUCGUCCUCGGCAACCGGCAGAACGACCUGCUGCAUGAGGAGCUCAAGACAGAGAGCAAAGAUUUUGUCGGCACCGCGAGGAUAUAAGGCCGAGCACCCUCAGCAGGACCUCAUCCCGCGGCCGGCAGCCUGGGCGCUCCCUCCCUGUCCUGCCUUUCAUCUGCUGCCGGUGGCCACGCAGCGCUCCGGGCCCCACCGCCCGCACCGGGGCCGUGCCAGCCGCCUGCCGCGCCCACGUCCACACUGACACCGCCAUCCCACGCACCCCACCAGCCCCGCACCUCUGCCGCCGCCGAGGGAGGAUGCCCCCAACCCGCUUCAUCCGAGAACGGCGUCAAACCGCAGUUUUGUUUCGAGGAAAAAACAGUCUCCAAGUUUUUAAACCGAUUUCUACAUCCCCAGGACUCCGGACCUGCCACUUUCCACCCCAGCGCGCCCCGUGAUGCCCUGCGCUGGCUGCUCCGGGCCCCAGCACCCUCCCCGCUCCCAUUUUGUACAGCUUCGUGAUCCUGUCUCCAUGGCCGGGGAACCCUGUGGCUGGGAUGGGGCCCGCCCGUACUUUUACGUGUAAAUUAAUAUUCUCUAAACAGGGUAAAGUGACUCGAGCCCUCUCGCCCCCCCCCCCCCGCCCGGCAGCGCAGCCCCAGGACCGCGUGCUUUCCAGUGCUGCCGGGGCCGCAGGCUGCUGCUCGCUCCAUCCUGAGCGUGGGGACCACAAGGGCCUCGCUGCCGCCAGCUGCUGUGCCGCCCGACACACCACCGCUGAAUGUAAGCCCUGGUAAGUGGGAGCAGCUGGAAAUACAAAACCCCCGGGCGGGUGCAGGAGGAAGCCCCCCUCAUCCAGCCCCAGCCGCUGCCAAACCUCCCCAUCCCAUACGGUGCUUUAUCUCCACUGGUGACAGCAAGGCUCUCCCCGCCACGUGGGCACCCGCCCGUGGCACGGUGUGUCCCAGCCCUGUCCCCGGCUGCACCUCACCGGCACGCGGCCACGGCCCGUGCGGAGCCCAGGACUCGGUCACAGGCACAGGCAGCCAAAGCCCGGCCGCGGCUCUGCUGGCCAGACCGGUGCGUGGGCUUCCCCACGUGCCCGCCGCAGCCCUCACAAUGCAAUAAAGUCCUCAGCACCGGCCGCGUCUCAGUGCCAGUAGCCGGGGGCUGUUGGCAGGGGCGCCCGGCUGCAGGGCGGGGGGCUCUGGAGGGGCGAGGACGGGUACAGGAGAGGGGCCACCGGUGGGAACGCGGAGCUGGGUGAACGCUGCGGGGACGAGGCGAUGAAGGGCCGUGCGGGACCGCUGCCGGGGCUGGCGGAGCCGGUAAGUCGUGCCCUGAGGCCCUGCGGGGUGGCAGUGAGGGACGGAGCAGUGCUGGGACACCGAGCUGCAGCCCAGGGACCCCAGGAUGUCGCGGGGACCGGCGCUCCCCCUGCCAGCUGCUGCUGCCGCCUGCCAUCGCCCCGCGGCCCCGGCCCAUCGCGAGCACUGUCGCUGGCUGAAUUGGAAAACCAACCAAGAAAAUCAGUGGAGAAAGGAAUACAGUAGCUGUAAUAUAUCUGUAUUUUAGUACAAAGUUUGAUACAGUGUUUCACAAAACCUUAUUGAAAAAUAUAAUUCAAACCAGAUGA